AUUUGCUCCGUUUGUUUAUAAUUUGGGUUGUGAGAAAUUUGAUCAACAGAAGUUUUAGUUUUUGGAUCUUAUUUUUCAUGGUACUCAUGGAUUCUGAAGCAAAGGAAACUUCACCCUCCACGAAAUUGCUUCUUCCCCGAGGACCUUCGAGAAAUCCUCUUCAUGGAAAGGCGUCCACCAGCAAACCGGAUACCAGUACCGCCACGGUUCUGAUCAGUCCUGCAAAAAUCCCCAAUGUCGACAAGAAGGACAAAUCGUUCAACGAUACGGGAGAAAAUUCACCAAGAAUUGAGGACGAAGAAACGGAAGAAAACGAUUACGAUCCCGAUAAUGAUCCGGAAUCCUUUGAAGAUGGUGAUAAAAAUCAGCAGUUCAGACAUUCCGUUGAACGGGAAACGGACCGUCAAAAAGAUUCACAGACAUCCGCCCCGGGAGAAACAAAACAACCUCCUAAAUACGCCAUUAGUAAAAGUUGGGUACUCGCAAUGGUCUUUGCCGUGUUGGUGAUAAUCAUAGCCAUUUGGAUAGUCCGUGUUGUUCCUAGUAAGGAAACCACUGUUCGUCAGAGUUGCAAAAAUUUCAUACAACUGCAGUCCAAGUACCCGAACACGGACAACACGCUUUGGGCCGGCCUGAUCGUCGGUGUCGAAAGGGCUGUAAAUGAUCCCGGCGAGCCAGCCACCUUCAUCUUCCUGUAUAAUUUCUCCUCGGUUGGCCAAUCUCUGCUGAAAGACGUCAUUCACAUCACCACCGAAUGCUUCGGCAAUGAAGAUGCCAUCUGGCGUACGAGUAACGAUUUCAAAUCAGCCGCAAUAACCCAAGAUUAUGGAGUAGUUCUGGAGCGGCACCGUGAAGAGUUAAAAUCACAGGGGGUUCUGGUUGUACGCGAUCUGGACCAGGUUCCGCCAAAUGCGGCCCAGAUAUUUUUCACCAUAUGCGAUUCGUACGAGCCACUGGUUCGGAAAGCGGCUAUUUUCUUCACAAUAGACAUUUCCCAGCAACUCAAUCAAUCGCAACGAAGUCCAACAUCAAUCGCUGAGGGAAUUUUGAAAGAUUUGUGGCGGACGGAGUUGCACUCAAACGUGCUAGAUCCGUUGGUGGUGAGACUGACGGAGAACGUAUUCAAGAUUGACUGAUAAUCGAAAAAAAGGAAAUCAGCGACGAAAUGGGCUGUGCAGUAGCAGUUAUAGUUGAUGAUACUGGAUUCAUCCGAAACGUCCCGGAUAAUUUCGGAUUCAAAGCAACCCCAAUCUCCCUUUUCAAAUUGUC